AGCCUCCUCUGAUCCACUCCUGGCGGGAUGGGCACGCGUGUCCCUUGGGGCAGUUUCCCUGCGGGAACCUCUCCAUCUGCCUGCCCCAGGCCCUGCACUGCAACGGGGUGGACGACUGCGGCAACGGCGCUGAUGAGGAGAACUGCGGGCUGGAGCUCUUCCCCGAGCGCUGCCGGUGCUGGGGAAGGGCUAUAGACUGCACCGAGCGGGACCUCGCCGCUGUCCCCUGGGUCUCCUCCAACGUGACCAGGAUGGACCUGAAGAAAAAUAAAAUCCGUUUUCUGCUGGACAAUCAGUUUGCCAGGUACAGGAGUCUGAAGAAGCUGUUUUUGCAAAACAACAAGAUCCGGUUGAUCUUACCCAAAACCUUUGCUGGACUUUCUCAGCUUAAAAUGUUGUUUCUCAGCCACAACAGGAUCACGCAGCUGAAGCCCCGAGUUUUUAAGGAUCUGCAUCGCCUUGAGUGGCUGAUGCUGGACAACAACAGGAUUGCCCAGAUCGUCCCUGCCACGUUUGCAGGGCUGAACUCGCUGUAUUUCCUGUACAUGCUGAACAACUCUUUGGCUCAGAUACCCAAUGCCUCCCUCUGCGCGGAGAUGCCGAAGCUCAGCUGGCUGGAGCUGGAAGGGAACAGGAUCCGGGUGGUGCGCAGGGCUGUCUUCCAGGAGUGCUGCGACUUCACGGUGCUGAUCCUGCGCAGAAACAAGCUCAGGUGGAUCCAAGCUGGGACGUUUUCCAGGCUGACCAGGCUGGUGGAGCUCGACCUGUCAUCCAACAAACUAGAGCAGCUCCCCCCCUCGCUAUUUAACGGCCUGGCUGAGCUCCAGCAGCUGGGAGUACUGGGGAAUAUUUCGUACAAUCCCUUGAAAGAGAUCUUUCCCAGCCAGUUUGAGAGCCUGCCCCAGCUACAGUCUCUGAGCUUGGAAGGGUUGGAGAUCCCCAACAUUCACAACCUGACCUUCCAGAAGCUGACCAACCUCUCCCACAUCUACUUCAAGAAGUUCCAGUACUGCAGCUAUGUGCCCCACGUGCGCAGCUGCAAGCCCAACACCGAUGGCAUCUCCUCCUUCGAGAACCUCCUCGCCAACAUCAUCCUGCGCAUCUCCGUCUGGGUCAUCGCCUGCCUCAUCUGCUUCGGCAACCUCUUCGUCAUCUGCAUGCGGUCCUUCAUGGUCACAGAGAACAGCCAGCACACCAUGGCCAUCAAGUCCCUGUGCUGUGCAGACGGCCUGAUGGGCAUCUACCUCUUCGUCAUCGGAGCCUUCGACCUCAAGUACUCGGGCGAAUACAACAAGCAUGCCCAGGGCUGGAUGGGCAGCCUCCAGUGCCAGCUGGUGGGCAGCCUGGCCAUGCUGUCCUCCGAGGUGUCAGUCCUGCUGCUGACCUACAUGACCCUGGAGAAGUACUUCUCCAUCGUUUUCCCGUUCAGCCACCACAGAGCUGGCAAGAAGCAGACCAUCUCGGUGCUAGUGGCCAUCUGGCUUCUGGGCUUCUCCCUCAGCAUCGUUCCCCUGUGGUGUAAGGAGUCCUUUGGGAACUACUACGGGAGGAACGGGGUGUGCUUCCCGCUGCAGUCUGACCUGGGCGAGCGGCCCAGUGCCCGGGGCUACUCCACCACCAUCUACCUGGGCUUGAAUCUCGCAGCCUUCAUCACCAUCGUCUUCGCCUACUCCGGCAUGUUCUACUCCCUCCACAUCACUGCAUCCAAAACAGCGGAGAGAAGCAUCUGCUCCCGGGAAGUCGCCAUUGCAAAGCGGUUCUUCUUCAUCGUCUUCACAGAUGCUCUCUGCUGGAUACCCAUCUUCCUCCUCAAGCUGCUCUCCCUGCUGCAGGUGGAAAUACCAGGCACCAUCACCUCUUGGGUGGUCAUCUUCAUCCUGCCCAUCAACAGUGCCCUGAAUCCCAUCCUCUACACCAUCACCACCGCCUCCUUCCAGGAGAAGGUGAAGGGCUGUCUGCAGAUCAAGCGGCUGGAGCUGCACGACUCCCCCAGGAGCUUUACCCUGGUGAUGCCGCAGGCCAGCACCGCUUGA